CUUUGCCAUAGAGAAGUUCAGGUCAUAUCUUGUUGGAAGCAAAGUGAUAGUUUACACUGAUCACUCAGCUCUAAAGUACCUAUUUGCGAAGAAGGAGGCCAAGCCACGACUUAUUAGAUGGGUGUUGCUACUACAGGAGUUUGAUAUUGAGAUCCUUGACAAAAAAGGGUCUGAAAAUGUCAUUGCUGAUCACCUGUCCAGAAUUGAGCCACACACAGAAAAUGAAACGGCCACAGUAUUACCCAUUGAUGAUUCAUUCACGGGAGAAUAUUUGCUCUCUAUCAAUCACUUUUCUCCUUGGUAUGCUGAUUGGGUUAAUUACCUUGUCAGUGGUUAUAUUCCUUCUGAAUUCUCAUGGUCCCAAAAGAAAAAGUUCUUACAUGAUGCUCACUCUUAUUUUUGGGAUGAACCACUAUUAUUCAAGAGAUGUGCUGAUGGAAUUGUUCGAAGAUGCAUCCCAGAAGAUGAAUUUGAGGCUAUCCUUUAUCAUUGUCAUUCAUCACCAUAUGGUGGUCAUUUCGGAUCCACAAGGACUUCAGCAAAAGUCCUACAGUCAGGUUUCUAUUGGCCUACAUUGUUCAAAGAUUCUCAAAUGUAUGUGAAAAGAUGUGAUCGAUGCCAACGCACAGGAUCUAUUGGCCGUCGAAAUGAAAUGCCGCAAUCCGGAAUACUUGAAGUUGAACUCUUCGAUGUAUGGGGAAUGGACUUUAUGGGACCAUUUCCCAGCUCAUGUGGCAAUUCUUACAUUCUUGUGGCUGUGGACUAUGUCUCGAAAUGGAUUGAAGCGAUUGCUAGUCCAACCAAUGAUUCCAAGGUUGUGAUCCGAUUUGUAAAGAAAUUUAUUUUCUCAAGGUUUGGAGUUCCCAGGGCCUUCAUCACAGAUAAUGGUACACACUUUUGCAAUAAACAACUUGAGAAACUUUUGCUCAAGUAUGGUGUUAAUCACAAAGUGUCUACUCCGUACCAUGCACAAACUAGUGGCCAAGUUGAACUCUCAAAUAGGGAAAUUAAAUCAGUCCUUGAGAAAGUUGUCAAUCCCACAAGGAAAGAUUGGUCCCUCCGAUUAGAUGAUGCUUUAUGGGCCUAUCGUACUGCAUAUAAGACUCCCAUUGGGACAUCGCCGUUCAAAUUGGUGUAUGGGAAGUCUUGUCACUUACCAGUGGAGAUUGAACACAAAGCAUUUUGGGCUAUCCAAAGCCUAAACCUUGACUACACUCUGGCAGGGAAAAAGAGGCUAUUACAAUUGAAUGAACUUGAAGAAUUCAGACUUGAUGCCUUUGAGAAUGCCCGACUUUACAAGGAAAGAGCAAAGAAAUGGCAUGACGGAAGAAUCCUUAGGAGAGACUUUUCUCCUGGGGAUAGUGUGCUACUAUUCAACUCAAGGC